AUGUCUGGAGGACCCGCGCGCGACUCUUACCCGGCCGAAAGGGAGAAGACGUUCGAUAACGAGAAAGACUGGCCCGACAGCGAUAGCAAGACUGUCGUUGAUCUUUACGAUGAUGAUUCGGUGGAUCCGGUGUAUCGCGCGAAGGCUCAUGUAUUGAGCAGUGCGAUACAAGAAGUGGGGAUGGGGAGGUACCAGUGGUGGCUCUUUGCCGUGGCGGGAUUUGGAUGGUUCUCUGACAGUGUAUGGCCUAUUCUCGCCGGACUGAUCCUAUCACCUGUGGUAUCCGAAUUCCACUUUAAUGGACCGUUCCUCUCUCUGGCUCUCAACAUCGGCCUUUUCGUAGGCGCAGUGUUCUGGGGCUUCGGAUGCGAUGUAUGGGGUCGACGAUGGUCAUGGAACAUCACACUCUUAUUGGCCGGAGUGUUCGGUACUGCUGCCGGAGGAGCCCCCGGAUUUAUUGCACUAGCUUCUUUAUUAGCUGUUCUCGGUGUUGGGGUAGGCGGUAAUCUGCCCGUGGAUUCUGCCGUAUUCUUAGAUUUCCUACCCGCCUCUCAUCAAUACCUACUAACUGUCUUAUCAAUAUGGUGGUGUAUUGGUCAACUAAUCGCCAGUCUGAUCGCAUGGCCACUAAUUGCUAACUACUCCUGCUCUGAGACUCAGGCGGCAUGUACCCGCUCCGAGAACAUGGGGUGGCGAUACCUGCUCUUCACUCUGGGUGGAAUUACUCUCCUCCUCUCCUUCAUUCGGAUGUUCGCUUUCCAGUUAUAUGAAAGCCCUCGCUACCUGCUUGGCAAAGGGAAGGACGCCGAUGCGGUGGCCGUGGUGCACCAAGUGGCUGAAUUCAACGGGACGAUAUCGAAGCUCACUGUCGAGCAGCUGAUUGCUGCUGGUAACGCGGUGAAGCCGCAUGAAGACAAUACGAACGGGGCAGCAAAGCGUGUCUUGGCUGAAGAUUCCGUUUUUGAUCUCAGGCAUAUUCGUGCUUUGUUCCAGUCCAAGAAGAUGGCUUGGUCUACUAGCUUGCUGAUUGCUCUCUGGGGCAUCAUUGGGCUCGCGUCUACUCUGUAUAACAGUUUUCUCCCCUACCUUCUUGCGAGCCGAGGCGCUCACUUCGGUGACUCUUCUUACUACAUCACUUAUCGAAACCAAGUCAUACUCAGCGUACUCGGUGUACCUGGCGCAUUCCUGGCCGGCUUAGGCGUCGAAGUUCCUUACGUCGGACGCAGAGGGACCCUAGCAAUAUCCUCGGGGCUCACAGGCGUGUUUCUCUUUGCGAGCACCACGGCCCGGACCUCGAACGCGCUCCUGGGCUGGAACUGCGGGUACUCGUUUUUCAGUAACAUCAUGUAUGGUGUGUUGUACGCUGUGUCCCCUGAGAUUUUCCCCGCCAAAGAUAGAGGUACUGGAAACGGACUGACGGCUACUGCCACGCGCGUUUUCGGUAUUCUGGCGCCGGUCAUCGCGCUCUACGCAAAUCUGGAGACGGCGGUCCCGGUGUACAUCGCAGGAGCGUUGAUUAUCUUUGCGGGCUUCCUGGCGCUGUUGUUGCCAUACGAGCCUAGAGGCAAAGCUUCGAUCUAACAGGGACGCCGUAGGGCGCAUAAUGAAAGGUAAAUAUGGUCAUAGGUCGUUG